ACCACGAAUGGUGCCGGAAGUGGCCCCCACAGAAAUGAACAUCAAGUCUUUUGAGCACCGCAACUUUGCUUGGACUGACAUCUUUCGCUAUAUUUUUGGUUUUAAUUUUCUAAUGUUAAGUUCAAUUAUUGAAAAGAUGUGUUUUACCUACGGUGGUAGCGAGCCAGCACGCUGCAGAAUUUUCCUGCCCGCUGGUUGGAUCCCCACCCUGCUAGCAGUUGAUCAGCGCUGGAUUGCCAAGGCCCUGUUCUAGUGGUCACGCUUUAAUCAACCAGAGCUGGACCACACAGGUGGACAGAAUGUGGUGGAAGCCACCUCGGCCAUCACUGACCUCUAGUGCCAUGCCAGCAUUGGAGUUCUUUGGGCACCCCCUGUUCCUGUGGAUGCCCAGGGAGCUUUGGCAUGUGCAGCUGCCAGUGUCCACAGCAGCCAGCUUCAGAAGCAGCUGCUGCUCUGCCUCGGCCAGGACGAGUCCUUCAGCUGUUAAUGACCAACCUGAGGAACCGUCCUCUGAGCAGCACAAGUGUCGACUCCAUGAGGGAGUCCAUCCUGAGCCUGUACCACAACCUCAUCACGGGCUCCAAGGACUUCCCUUUGAUUCCAUUCAAAGGAUCCUUCCGUUCACGUCAGACGGCCACACCCUUCGUCCCCGUGGAGCAGGAGCAGAAGGAGAACACCACACCAUCUUUAACGGAUACACCAGCGGGUAUAAUGGUGCCCACUGCAGGCUUGAGCGCUUCUCCUCCAAUUAUACUGACUCCAGUUCUUCCUGAGAGGACGGAGCUGGGAGCCCUGAAGGCCGACCGCAGGAACUGCGUCUGCAACAUGGAGUUUGAUGGCAGGACUGUGACCAGAGUCAUCUCCACUGUGUACCGCUCUAAAAGCACUAACCUGACCAACCGCUGGAGAGUAAGCGACUACAGUGCAGAGGGCCACGUUCUCAUGUCAGUCCUCUCUAACUGGAGCAGCCAGCUGUGGACAGAGUGAUAAACACUGAGCUGUUUGUGAAGGACGGAAACAGACAGAAGAGAGAGAAGAUGAAAGGAGAGGAGACAGCAUGCACUGUGAACACUCAUUAAAAAAAAAAAAGAUGAGACAAGACAAGAGGAGAAGACAGCAUGCACUGUCAACCAUCUUAUAAAAAAAGAUAAAUAUACAUUUAUUCUAAGUUAUUAUCAAAAUUCUUAUACAGUGAUAUAAUUCUUCUGGUGGCUGAAGUUGUUUUAACUAUUGUCUCCUCUUGUCUGUCAUUUGUGUUUUAGGGAGAGAAGAAGAAACAAGUCCAGAUGAGACAAGAGACGAGCAAAGGAGAGAGCGUAGAGAGAAGAGGAGUUGUCGAGGCGAGACAAGAGGAGAAGAGACACCGUGGACUGUCAACCAUCUUAUAUAAAAAGAUAAAUAUUUAUUUAUUCUGUUAUUUUUUCAGAAUUUCUAUUCUGAUCAGUAGUUCUUUUUGUCAUUCCUCAACUUAUUUACUGUUAUUCCCCCAAUUUGUUAUUUGUCUUUUAGAGAGAAGAGGAAAUGACAUGAGGGGGAAACAAGAAGAGACCAGACAAGAGGAGAAGAAAGGAGAUGUAUGCACUGUGAAGCUUCCCAUUU